AUGCCUUGGAUGGAUCGAGAGCUGCAUGUUGUAUAUCAACCACUUCUAGAAAACAUCUUUGGAUAUAACCAGAAUUUCGGAUGGGGGCUACAGACUGUCAGUCAGCAAUCUUCUCGAGAGGAUUUUCAUAUCAUAAAAGAGUUUUUAGCUCCAAGAGGUCCUCUUAUGACCAUGGUAUAUAAACUGCAAGUAGAUGGCAUAUUCAGAUAUGAGUUUCCUGUAGCAUGUUUACCGGCUCCAACUAGAGACGCCUUACUGGAUGGAGCUAUGCCUGGUUUCUAUGUGAAUAAGCUGAGUUACCAGACCCAGGGUAGACCCCCUGUAUCAGUCCUCCUCUAUGCCUUUGAAUAUUUCAUGUAUAGUUUUGAAUAUCUUAUAAUUUUUCGACAUAAGCAACAGAUGCUGGAGGUGUGGUUGAGUUAUAUCCAGCCAUGGCGCUAUGUAGAUCAAUCUGUAGAAACAGAAAGAUCUCCAAGAGGUAACAUGAGAGAAACUCAGAAGGACAAACCAAUACAAGAAGAAAGAUGGUUACAGUUCAUCUCAAGCAAUCUCAUGUUCUACACGGUGAUAUUCCAGGAAUUCUUGCCCAGGGCAUUCCGUCAAGACUUGACAGCCAUUGUAUUAUUCCGUGUUGCUAUACUUCUUGCACAGAGCAAUCUUGCUAUGGUUCUACAAGAAGCCGAGAGAAGUCUUUAUGAGGAUUAUGGUUCACCACAUCAUGGCCACUCUGCUUCAUAUGGAAGUAGUUUCCUGACCCCUAAGCCUAAUCCAUCUGUACCUGACUUGGGCUCCCAAGUAGCUGAGCUUGAGACCCCUGGAUUCAUGUAUACACCACUGUUCAGCAAUGAUGUCAAAGCUCUGAUUGAGAGAUUGUUACAGAAUGUUCACCAAGCUCAGAUCACAGUAUCCAACUUAAGUUUCACACCAGUCACCAAUGAUAAAGAGAGGGCUUCUUAUAAACUACAAAAGUUUGAGAUCUUGUACCGAGGUGACCCAGAAUUUCAGCCAAUCAGAAGCUUGAUUGUUCGCAAGCUGUAUGCACUGUCGUCAAACUUCAACACUACGUUUGGUGAUAAAGUCUUUGAGGUGUAUCAUCGAGCAGAUUUCAGUGGAGCUUUAGCUAAGCAGAUCUUCACUGCACCUACAUCAAUCCCAACCCAUAGACAGACGGCCAUUCCAACGCCCCCAUACUGUGCCUCCCCUCAACAACAAACAUGCAAUCCAAGAUUGAGUCUUCGUUUUCUAGCUAAUUACUACACUCUAGCCAAGCUGGUACUGCUCUCGCUGAUUCUUUGGUUAUUUAUUGGCUUUGGACCUACUGGAAUAUUACUCACGCUAGUGUUCUUGACUGUGCUCUACAUCUUUUUCAGCGGGGUGGUGUACACAGUUAGACAACAGUCACACACACAUGAGCAUAUUGAAUGAUAUACAAGCACAUGGUGCAGCCAACAUGGAUUCAGUGCGGUUAUAAACCAUUAUAGACUUGACUAAUUGUUGUACCUCUAGUGACUACCAAGGAGAACCCAGUCAAAUGUCGGAUGGAUAAAGUGUGUAUUUACACCCAUGAAGGACUUGGUAAACUCUAGUUUGGAUUCAGUACUCUACUGGGUACAAUAUAUGUUUCACAAUUGUCAUCACGGAGGACUUUGACAAAUUUAAUUAGUUGGCAAAACCUUAAAGUACAUUGUAAAUUGACUUGUGGAAGACUUGGUCAACUUUAAUCAUAAAUUGCAGGGUUGAAACAAUACACCAGUAAAAUGUUCACAUCUAAACAGGGUUGAAAUAAUAAGUAACAAUAUUUUGCACUGCGUUUAAUUUCAACACUUCGCAUGGUAAAAGGGACCCUAGGAUAAGAUGUAAAUAAAUAAACAGCUGAACAUAAAACCAUACUAUGUGUCUUGGCAAUGAGGUUUUGAUUAAAAUACACUAGGACAAGUUAUAUCAAAAAGAGUCAAGAUCUUUGUAUACAGAGUGCUGUCUUGCAACCAUUUCAGUAACAAACAUCAUUUUGUUAUGAGGUGUUCCAGAAAAUGCAAUGAUGUACGUGGAAACUUGCAACUGUCCAUUACACUUUAAAAUUAUACAUAAAGAUAUUGGAACACACUUCUAGUGUGAUAAGUCAAUUGAAACACUAUUUCAAACAAGUAUUACCCUGUCUCUCAGUUGUUUAAUGAUUUAUUUCAAACUUUUAUCUGUGGCAUCCAUCAAGUUAGCCAUCUUAUAAACCACAAAGUAUAUGUCAUAAACAAUGAUAGGGUGUAUUGAAAUGCACAAUGAUGCAAUUAUUUUAGAAUAAAAAAAUAAACUUGUAAAUUA